AUGGUGAAACCCGAUAGGAGAAAGCUAACGAAGAAGGAAAGGCAGUUGCGAGACAUGGUGGAGUUCAUUGGAGAGUUUGUACAAGGGUACAAUGAAGCUCGCGAUAAAGGUUCCGUAUCCGCAAGGCUUAGUAAGUUGGAUGAAGUGUAUGACUCUUUUUGUGAUGUUCGGGCUGAAAUUGAAAUAAAUCUCGAGCAGUACGAUGAACAAGAAGAGGAUUCGAAGGAGCUUUCCGAAGAAGCCCGCAAGCAGAAAGCGGCCAAAGAGAAGGAGCAAGGUGAACAAAACUCCAAAGUUCUGAAGGCAUUCAUCAACCAGUACUUCAGCUUGAAACAGUCGUUAGAAGCAUUCAUGCAAGGUCCUGGUUCAAGUAUUCAGCAGUUUCCUGUACAGCACGCCAACGGCCAGACUCCAAUGCCAGCCAUGCGUGUCAAGCUACCUGAGUUGAAGUUGCCGACGUUUCGAGGAUCACUGAUGGAUUGGGUCACAUUCAGGGACACUUUCGAAAACCUGAUUGUUGACAAUCCACACUUGAACGAUAUUGAUCGGUUCACCUACAUUCGCACGUCGUUGGCCGGAGAAGCGUUACAGCAAAUCGCUUCGAUUGACAUCACUGCGGCCAACUACUCCGUAGCGUGGAGAUCACUUGAGUCGCGUUACGAAAACAAAAAAUUACUGGUAAAAUCCCACCUCGACGCUUUGUUCGCGAUCAAUCCAAUGAAGAAGGAGUCGUUCGAAGCGCUAAACCAUGUUAUCGGCGAAUUUGAAAAACAUCUUCAGAUGCUGGAGAAACUCGGGGAGCCCACCAAAGACUGGAGCACACUUUUGGCUCAUAUACUCGCAGGCAAAUUAGGUUCCAUAACGUUGCGCUUGUGGGAAACGGAACAUCGUUCUACGGAUGUUCCCAAGUUCGAAGACAUGAUGAAGUUUCUGUCAAGCCAUAGUUUUGCGAUUGAUUACGGGUGA